UCUCAAUUUCAUUUCUCUUUCUUCUUCCUCUUCUUCUUCUUUGUUUCUUCCUCCAUCUCUUCCUUUUCUCAGGCGAGGGCUACGAAUCUCGCCGGAGAAUUUCUCUUUAAUUUCUUCCCUGAAACCUAAAAACUCUCCUCCUGCGCUUCACCCGAGCUCUGGAGGAAGAUAUUGAUUACAGAAACCUAAGGCUUCUACAAUGGAGGUUUGAAAUUAUAAUAAAAUAAACAAACCCCCCCCAAAAAAAAGAAGAAAAAACAUGAAGGGGAUGGAGGUUUUGGGGCUAACGUGCAAUGCAGGAAAAUUGAGCAUCAAACCCUUUGGAGGAUCUUGCACGGCACAGAUGCCUAGAUGAUUCCUUCUUCAACCUCCCAUGCCUUAUGCCGUAAUCUAUUCUUUUUCUCCUCUCUGUCUUCCUCUUUCUUGUUUAAAUUCUUCCUUUUCUCCUUCCCUUUCUCUAAAUUGCCGCUCCGAUCUUUCUUCUGCUUUCUCCCUCUCUUCCUUCAGAAAUUUCCAUUUCUUUUUGUUGUUUCUACUGCCGUAUCUUUUGUUUUUUUUUUCUUCUCAAUUUUCUCGUUUUUCGAGAUUUUUGUAGACUCGAGGAAAGCUUUUGAAUUGCCUUCUUAAGGAGUAGGCUUGUAAUUUUUGGCGUCCUUUUUUUUUUUUAUGGAGCUUCUUUGAGUUAUCUUUCUAUAUUUCGGGAUUUGUUCUUUUUCGGUUCCAUCAUGCCGUCCGAAGUAUUGGACUUGAAGGGUUUGUCUUCAUCUUCCUUCUUCUCCGACGAUUUACAUCAUUCAGAUGAGGGGCAGGUUGGAGUUUGGAAGUCAGCUAGUGUGCCAAAUCACCGUGCCAGUAACAUAUCAGGCGCUUCAUCAUCUGUGGAAAAAUUUUCAAUAGGUGAGUGCCUGACAGAAAACUCACUGGAAAAUCAUGAUUCGUUUCCUGUGAGAGACCAGAAUGCAAGUCUUAUCCUGAAUAGACAUGCUGUUGGAGCUGAAAGAACAUCCAAUUAUUUUUCUCGAAGUAAUGAUGUCAAUAUGAUGAAUUCUCAGUAUGAGAGUAGUCUCUUCUCCAGUUCUUUAUCAGAUAUAUUUACUAGGAAGUUGCGCUUUUCUCCGAGCAAUGCACUAUAUGGCCAUUCUGUUGAUACUGUUGCAUCUCACUUUGAGGAGGAGGAAGUUUUUGAGUCACUUGAAGAACUGGAGGCCCAGACCAUUGGAAACCUCCUUCCUGACGAUGAUGACUUACUUGCUGGAGUAACUGAUGGGCUUGAUUGUUUGGUUGAAACAACUGGUGAGGAUGAUGCUGAAGACUUGGAUUUCUUUAGCAAUGUUGGAGGGAUGGAUUUGGGUGACGAUGGGUUAUCUGUGGGACAAAAGAAUUCUGAAUCUCCUGGAGGACUUUUUAACAAUUUGCCGGGGAUGCAUAAUGGUGCUAUGGCUGGAGAGCAUCCUUUAGGCGAGCAUCCUUCCAGGACACUGUUUGUGAGAAACAUAAAUAGCAAUGUUGAAGAUUCUGAAUUGAAGGUCCUUUUUGAGCAAUAUGGAGACAUUCGCACUCUUUAUACAGCAUGCAAACAUCGAGGGUUUGUUAUGAUAUCCUAUUAUGAUAUUAGAGCCGCCCGUAAUGCAAUGAAAGCACUCCAGAAUAAACCGUUGAGACGAAGGAAGCUUGACAUACAUUAUUCCAUACCGAAGGACAACCCUUCUGAAAAAGAUAUCAACCAAGGAACACUUGUUGUUUUUAACCUUGAGUCUUCUGUUUCAAAUGAAGAACUUCGUCAAAUAUUUGGUGUCUAUGGAGAAAUCAAGGAGAUCCGUGAAGCCCCCCACAGAAGUCAUCAUAAAUUCAUUGAAUUUUAUGAUAUCCGAGCAGCAGAGGCUGCUCUUUGUGCAUUAAACCUGAGUGAUAUAGCAGGCAAGCAGAUAAAGCUUGAGCCAAGUCGUCCUGGUGGUGUGAGACGCAGUUUGGUACAACAAUUACAUCCGCAGUUGGAGCGGGAAGAUAUUGGUCUCUAUUUGCAACAGGGUAGCCCUCCCAUUAACUGUAGUGCUGGCUUCUCUGGCUUAGUUCCUGGUGGGACUAUCAAGUCUAGCAGCCUGAGUAAUGGAUCUGUUCUUGGAGUACAUUCUGUGUUACGAGCUCCAUCUCUGGAGACUGUGUUGCAUCAUGGGAUAUCUUCUAGCGUUCCUAGUAGCUUACCUUCUGUAGUGAGAUCUGAAUCAACUGGCAACCAAUCUGGCUUCAUUGACUCUGGUCAUUCACCUUCACAACUGAAGCUGGGUAUCCGGGCAUCUCCAGCUGUUCAUCCUCAUUCACUUCCAGAACACCCUGAUGGUUUGAACAGCAAUGUUCACUGCAAUUCUCUAAAUACGAUUGCAGGAAACAUCAGUCUACGACCACCCGAAAGAGCUGAUAGCAGGCUAUGUGGAGUGAACUUUAAUGGUCGAUCAAUUGAAUUGAAUGAAGAUGUUUUUGCAUCUGGUGGUAAUAGAACAUGCCCCAUUCCUGGACCUCAUUAUACAUGGGGUAACUCCUACCGGCCCCAGCCUCCAGCUCCAGGUGUUGUAUGGCCAAAUUCUCCAUCUUAUAUGAAUGGAAUUUCUGCUGCCCAUACCCCGUCCCAGGUCCAUGGAGUUCCAAGAGCAGCAUCUCAUUUGAUGCACACAGUUAUGCCCAUGAAUAAUCACCACGUUGGAUCAGCACCAGCUGUUAAUCCUUCUAUUUGGGAUAGACAGCAUGCUUAUGCUGGGGAAUUGUCAAAAGCCUCUGGUUUCCAUUCAGGUUCUAUAGGGAAUAUGAAUUUGUCUAACAAUUCACCACAGUCUAUGGAUUUUUUCUCUCAUAUCUUCCCACAAGUUGGUGGAAAUUCUGUAGAGCUUCCUAUCCCUCAACGGAAUGUAGGACUACAAUCUCAUCAUCAGCGGUGCAUGGUUUUUCCUGGACGGGGCCAAAUUCUUCCAAUGAUGAAUUCAUUUGACUCUUCAAAUGAACGUGGUAGAAGCCGAAGAAAUGAAGCAGCCUCUAAUCAAGCAGAUAAGAAGCAAUAUGAACUUGAUAUUGAUCGCAUAAUGAGGGGUGAAGACAAUCGUACUACACUUAUGAUAAAGAACAUUCCCAACAAAUAUACGUCAAAGAUGCUUUUGGCUGCAAUUGAUGAACGCCAUCGAGGAACUUAUGACUUCAUCUAUCUGCCCAUUGACUUUAAGAACAAAUGUAACGUGGGAUAUGCGUUCAUUAACAUGACUGAUCCUGGCCUAAUCAUUCCAUUUUAUGAGGCAUUUAAUGGGAAAAAAUGGGAGAAAUUCAAUAGUGAGAAGGUGGCAUCACUUGCAUAUGCUCGCAUACAAGGAAAAGCUGCUCUCAUCGCUCAUUUCCAGAAUUCAAGCUUAAUGAAUGAAGAUAAGCGAUGUCGACCAAUCCUUUUCAACACUGAUGGCCCCAAUGCAGGCGAUCAGGUUCCAUUUCCAAUGGGGGUAAAUGUUCGUACCAGGCCAGGAAAAACCCGAACCAAUACGCAGGACGAAAAUCCUGAUGAAGGUCUAAUAAUUUCUGGAAAUGGUGAGAAUUAUUCCAGUGGAGACGCAUCUUCUUCAUGUCUUGUAAAGGAUUUGGACCAGCCAGUACCAUAAUUUUUGUGUUCACUAACCUUAGAGGACGGAGUAACUUAAAACUACAUCCACCAAAGUUUGACCUAAUUUUUAUAGUGGCUCAAGGCAGGGAAAUUCGCUGCAGUUGGUGACAUUAGAGAAGGAAUGCUUAGCCAAUGCUAAGUCGUCUUGUCUCGUCUCCCUCCCCACCCCUCUACUCCUCCCGCAACUUCAAAGGGAAGAAAAAGAACCAAAAAAAAAAAAAACAAAACAAAAAAAAGAAAGGAGCUCUGAAACAAUAGUUCAAGGAGCAUCUGUUGGAGCCUCCAAAUUUUGAUUUCGAGAGUGAUAUAUUAUAUAUUAUAAGAGAUGGAAACUAAAAAGGGAAAGACUUCAUGUAUAUGAGUAUUUGAUCCUGGAGAUAUUUUGUCAUGGUUUGACGUGAGCAGAUGAGGCUUCCUCUGCUAUACCCCACUUUUUUUUUUUUGUUGAUUUUUUUUUUAUUACCUUUUUUCCAUUUUUAUUUUUGGGUUUGACUUGGAAAUUACUUGUAACAGUUGAGAAUGUGAGAGACAGAGGGAGCUCAUGUGAAAAAUUUUGAAAUGAACUAAUUAUCAAAAUUUCCUUUGCUUCUAGUUCA